UCGGGGUGAGGGAGCUGAGGGUCCGGGUCCAGGGGGGGAGAGGUGUUGCUCAAGGCUGCGGUGGCUCCAGCGAGUGGAGCUGGCCUGGGAGUUGGGUGGAUAGCAGUGGGCCCCAGGAGCUCACCCUCUGCCUGCCCUGCAGGAUGCUGCAGCUGAGCCUGUCCUGGCUGGGACUGGGGCCGCUGGCAGCCUCCCCGUGGCCACUCCUGCUGCUGCUGCUAGCCUCCUGGUUCCUGGCCCGCAUCCUGGCCUGGAUCUAUACCAUCUAUGACAACUCUCGCCGCCUCCGAUGUUUCCCGCAGCCCCCAAAGCGGAGCUGGUUUUGGGGUCACCUGGGCUUGAUCCGGAGCUCAGAGAAAGGCCUCCUGUACGAACAGGGCCUGGCGAGCACCUAUGGGGAUGUGUGCUGCUGGUGGGUGGGACCCUCGUAUGCGGUCAUUCGCAUCUUCCAUCCCGCCUACAUCAAACCUGUGCUCUUUGCUCCAGCUGCCGUGGCCCCCAAGGACAUGGUCUUCUACAGCUUUCUGAAGCCCUGGCUGGGGGAUGGGCUUCUGCUGAGUUCUGGUGACAAGUGGAGCCACCACCGCCGCCUGCUGACUCCCGCCUUCCACUUCAACAUCCUGAAGCCCUACAUGAAGAUUUUCAACGACAGCGUGAAUAUCAUGCACGCCAAGUGGAAGCGCCUGGCCUCAGGGGGCAGCACCUGUCUGGACAUGUUUGAGCACAUCAGCCUCAUGACCCUGGACAGUCUGCAGAAAUGUGUCUUCAGUUUUGACAGCAACUGCCAAGAAAGGCCCAGUGAAUAUAUUGCCGCCAUCUUGGAGCUCAGUGCCCUGGUGACAAAACGGCACCAUCAGCUCUUCCUAUACAUAGACUUCCUGUACUACCUCUCCUCUGAUGGACAGCGCUUCCGCCGGGCCUGCCGCCUGGUGCAUGACUUCACAGACGCCGUCAUCCAGGAGCGGCGCCGCACCCUCCCUGACCAGGGUGUUGAGGACUUCCUGAAGGCCAAGGCUGAGACCAAGACUUUGGACUUCAUUGAUGUGCUCCUGCUGACCAAG